AUGCUCAUUCCACCUUAUCAGAAAUUUCUGAAGGAUGCUGUUCAGCAAAGAACCAGGGAAGCACAAGGGAUGGUAGUGUUGACUCGCGAGUGCAGUGCAAUCAUUCAGCGGAAGGUCAUCUCCGACAAAAAGGAAGAUCCGGGGAGUUUCACUUUGCCCUGCAUGUUGGGACCCCUAUCUUUCAAAAACAGUCUCUGCGAUCUAGGAUCAUCUGUCAGCCUCAUGCCUUUGUCUGUAGCAAAGAGACUGGGAUAUCACAAGUACCAAGCCUGCGGAAUCUCACUAGUCUUGGCAGAUAGAUCGAUAAGGUUACCAACUGGGAUGCUUGAAGACCUGCCUUUGAGGAUAGGGAAUGUAGAAAUCCCCACAGACUUCAUUGUGCUUGAGAUGGAUGAGGAACCAACAGAUCCAUUGAUUCUAGGAAGGCCAUUCCUAGCUACAGCAAGAGCAAUGAUAGAUGUCUGUGAAGGAACAAUUGAGUUAAACUUGGGAAAGGACCUGAAGAUGAAGUUUGAUAUCAAGGAUACAAUGAGGAAACCAACUAUAGAAGGUCAGCUCUUUUAUGUUGAGGAAAUGGAUCAGUUGGCAGAUGAGCUUCUAGAAGAGUUAUCAACAGAGGAUCCACUACAAGUUGCUUUGACCAAGGAUUCUUCAGAGGGAUAUGUGAGCUCAGAAACUGAUGAGCCAGUUUGCGAAGUCAUGGCAGUGAGCUCGAUCAAGAACUCGAUCGAGUCGAGUUUCGAACAAACGAACUCGAUCGAGCUGGGGGCUGAGAGCAAGGAGCAAGCUCAAGGAGAUUGGUCUGAGCUUAAGGCGCCUAAAGUCGACCUCAAACCUUUGCCUGAGGGCCUCAGGUAUGCAUUUCUGGGUGAAAACUCAACUUACCCUGUCAUUGUGAACUCUGAUUUGGAACCUGAACAGUUGAGUGCUUUGCUUGUUGAAUUGAGAAAGUACAGAAAGGCAAUAGGUUACACUCUAGAUGAUAUCAAGGGGAUCUCCCCUGACCUAUGCAUCCAUAGGAUUCAUCUAGAGGAUGAAAGUAAGUCAAGCAUUGAACCUCAAAGAAGAUUGAACCCCAAUCUAAAGGAAGUAGUGAAGAAAGAGAUACUCAAGUUGCUUGAUGCUGGGAUAAUCUAUCCCAUCAGUGAUAGCACUUGGAUAUCUCCAGUUCAUUGCGUCCCAAAGAAAGGGGGGAUCACUGUCAUUAAAAACGACAAAGAGGAGCUGAUUCCCACUAGAACAAUAGUGGGGCAUCGCAUGUAUGUUAGAAAGAUUGGCAAACCACCCUUUUAUUGUUUUCUUGAUGGCUACAGUGGUUUCUUCCAAAUCCCGAUCCACCCUAAUGAUCAGGAGAAGACCACUUUCACAUGCCCUUAUGGCACCUUUGCUUAUCGAAGGAUGCCAUUUGGGCUGUGCAAUGCUCCAGCUACUUUCCAGAGGUGCAUGACCUCCAUUUUUUCAGAUCUGAUAGAGGAGAUGGUAGAAGUCUUCAUGGACGAUUUCUCAGUCUAUGGAGCAUCCUUCUCCUCAUGGAUUGUGCUUGGACACAAGAUUUCCGAGAAAGGGAUCGAGCUCGAUCGAGCUAAGGUGGAUGUCAUGUUGCAGCUCCCUGUUCCCAAGACUGUGAAGGACAUAAGGAGUUUUCUGGGUCAUGCAGGGUUCUACAGAAGAUUCAUCAAGGAUUUCUCAAAGAUAGCAAGACCCUUGACAAGGCUUCUGUGCAAGGAGACAGAUUUUGAGUUUGAUGAAGAAUGCCACAAGUCUUGGACCUUGCUGAAGGAUGCUCUGGUGUCUGCGCCAAUAGUACAAGCUCCAAACUGGGAUCACCCAUUUGAGAUUAUGUGUGAUGCAUCUGACUAUGCAGUAGGAGCAGUGCUUGGCCAAAAGAUAGACAAGAAACUCAAUGUCAUCUACUAUGCAAGCAAGACUAUGGAUGAUGCUCAGUGCAAACACAUCUUCGCUAAGAAAGAUACAAAGCCAAGACUUCUCAGAUGGAUCCUUUUGCUUCAAGAGUUUGACAUAGAAGUUGUGGACAAAAAGGGAGUAGAAAAUGGAGUUGCUGAUCAUCUCUCUAGGAUGCGAGUUGAAGACAUGAUCCCCAUCAAUGAUUCUAUGCCUGAAGAACAGCUUAUAAUCAUGAUCUUGAAGGAGAGUUUUGAUGAGAAAGCCAGGCUGGAAGAAGUUAAGGCUCUGCGUGAUGAGAAUUUGCCAUGGUAUGCUGAUAUAGUGAACUUCAUGGUGUCCGGAGAAGUCCCUAGUAGCUUUGAUGCUUACAAAAGGAAGAAAUUCUUCAAGGAUGCUAGGCAUUACUAUUGGGAUGAGCCCUACCUGUACAAGAGAGGACCAGACAGCAUUUACAGGAGAUGCAUAGCUGAAGAAGAUGUGCAAGGAGUUCUAGAGCAUUGCCAUGGGUCAGCUUACGGAGGUCACUUUGCUACAUUCAAAACAGCAACUAAGGUUUUGCAAUCUGGUUUAUGGUGGCCUACUUUGUUUAAGGAUGCAGCAGACUACAUUGCCAAGUGUGAUCCGUGCCAAAGGAAAGGAGGGAUCACCAAGAGGGACGAGAUGCCACUAAACCCAAUUCUAGAGGUUGAGAUCUUUGAUGUAUGGGGAAUAGACUUCAUGGGACCUUUCAAACCUCUUCAAACGGGCACAACUACAUUUUGGUUGCUGUAG